AUGCUUUUCGUCACACCAAACUACUAUUAUCAAGCAUAUGCACCUUCCGGAUCCUGUUCUCUUGAGGUGCCAGUUGAUAGAUAUCGCUAUGAGAUUGAGCAGAGAAUGAGGGAAACAGAGCUUGCUUUGAAUAAGCCCCUUGUGGACACUGCCGAAGAUUCCUUUAACUACUAUAUAUUGUUGAAGAAGAGAAAUCUUGAACCAUACGAUGACUUUGAGAUCCGGACGUUCAGUAGCUACGAGAUAAGAAUAGCUAAGCAUACCUUGUUGAUAAGGUCAACAGCUGAUCAAUACUAUGAUACUUUUUUACUUCCUGCUGAUGCCAGUAAUGAUAUUGAUUACAAAUUACUUAACGAUGGGUACUCGUUGUUGGUGGUUAUACCAAAGGAAAUGAAGGUUAAACCAUUCAGGAAAUUAUGUGUUGGUGGAGAAAUUCCUCAACUCUACUGGGAUGCUCCAUAUAAUGUCUACUCCAAGAACUCUGAGAUAUUUGAUAGACAUGAUCCCCAAAACAUGAUUCAGAAGGUUCCAGAGGUUGCACAAGGAUCUUCUAGUGGUGUUGUUAAGGUGAACAUUGCUAGAAAACCUAUGGCAAAGUCUAAAAUGGAUGCCUUGUCCAAAGGAAAAGUUCAGAAGCUUGCUGAGACAUCUUCAGACAAGAUGAUGAAGCACCCAGAAUGCAUGAUUAGUGUUCCUAUCUCUUUUUCUUUACCUACGCUGGUUGAAGCUCCCAAAAAGUCAGCAACUGCAAAUGAAGAAGAGGAAGAAAGAGAGGCUAAUAGAAGUACUACUGAGGAACCUGAGGAACCUGGAAAAUCUGACAACUCUGAAUACUCUGAAUACUCUGAAGAACCUGCAGAACCUGCAGAGCCGGAGAAAGAUCCGCUUUUAAAGAAUUACGAGACUCUCAGCCGGAAGACAAUAUUCCCUCCUGAUACGAAGGAUGAAGAGGCCAGUACGCCAACGAAAGUGCCAAAGAGCCCAAUAUUGGAAGAUCUGGUGGAUGAAGAGUUUGCGUAA